AUGGCCGCCACCGGUCCCUGCCGUCCGCCGUCAGCAAGCCCGCCAGCCUCGCCGGCAGUCUCUUCACCGGCAGUCUCUUUACCGGCGUCUCCAACUUCUUUACAUCAUUUCCUACCAUCUUUACAUCGUGCACCUUCUCUGAGGUCACGACAAUCUUCUUCCCCUCCCCCAGAUUCCACACAUGCACCUUCCCCGAUAAUACCCCCAGAAGAAAAAGAAGACCAUGAUGAUGAUAUCCAAUCUCAGAAUGACAAUCAGUCCACUAUUAAAACACUAGCUCAAUCUGAUGAGAUUGAAGCAGAAGAAUCAUCUGCUGUGACAACAAUAGAACUCACUGAUGCCAUCACCACUACCACAACAGAUACAACCCCUGCCAUUGCCACCGAAGAACUUCCAAACAUCUCAGAAUCUGAUGUUUCAGAAGCUUAUCUAGACGACACCAUAAUCGAAGCCCUUGCUCGUCUUAUGGAGGCUCACAUUGGGCCUGAGGCCGAGGAACUUGCAUGCAGACCGCCAUACAAGUCUGCACUGCCAUAUACCGAUGUGCGCGACUUCGCCUACGCAGCAAGCAAUCCACUGCACUACGGCGUCUCGCCGGGUCCCACACCUCGCUCCAGCGACUCAUUUUCCGACGACGACGACGACGACUACAUAGAUGACGACAUUUACGACAACCUUGACGACUACAAUAAUUAUUAUCACAAUGAUGACCACCACUCCCUAGAUCACGAUUAUCACGACCCUACUAAUGACCCUAAUGACCCCCGACAAAUACCCCCAUACCCGGAUUCGUACCACAUGGACGGUGGCCCACCAUGGCGUGAGGACCCAGACCUGGCAUCUCCUGUUGUUACCAUGCACUCCGUCGGCGACCGCAUAAGCCGCGAAUUUGAAUUUUCUGUGGCCUCCGUCGAUGAGAUCCACGGCCGCGCCGUCGCUCUCUUUGACUUUGAACCAGAAAACGAUAAUGAAGCGCCUCUCCGCGUCGGCCAGGUGAUCUGGGUGUCGUACCGCCAUGGCCAAGGGUGGCUUGUCGCAGAAGACCCUGCAACAGGCGAAACAGGCCUCGUACCUGAGGAAUACGUCCGCAUGCUGGAAAAAAAGGAGCCUCCAGGGCCUGAUGCUGAUAGUGAAGAGGCUUGGGUGGAUGAGGAUGAGGAUAACGGUGAUGAGGAUGAUAAUGAUCCCUAUAACUACAACAGCAACUUGCCCCCGGAAUCCAGUGCGGGCCCGCUGGCGUCGGCCCUGCAAAACACUCACAUCAAUUAG